AUGGCAGUGAGGUGGUGUUCCUUUGGGUUUGUGUUGUUGGUAGUGUUUGCAUGUUAUGCUGAUGCACAGCCUAACUGGAGGUUUCCUCCAUACAAUAACCCCCAACCCCACGAUACAUCCUCUAAGCCUAGGCAGCCACAGUGGUCACAGCUGCAGACUCCCCUGAGGCCAGAACCCCAGGGGCCACAGCAGCAAACUCCCCAGAGGCCAGAGCCCCAGGGGCCACAGCAGCAAACUCUCCAGAGGCCAGAACCCCAGUGGCCACAGUUGCAGACUUCCCAGAGACCAAAGCCCCAGGGGCCACAGCUGCAGACUCCCCAGAGACCUGAGCCCCAGAGGCCACUGCUGCUGACUCCCCAGACGACAGAUCCCCACAGGCCACAGCUGCUGACUCCCCAGAGGCCAGAGCCCCAGUGGCCAGCAGUAACCAAAACUCUAGAUCAGAGAUGUCAAGUAGAGGCUCAGGAUACAAUGCAAUGUGGAACCCCUGAUAUUACUCCGGCUCAAUGUCAGGCUAUCGACUGCUACUUCAAUGGACAGCAGUGCUACUAUGGGAAGGCAGGUGAGUAUCUGAUAUUGCGUCUGUCUUGUAAUGCUCAGAUAAUAUUUGAACAAAACAUUUACUUUUUCCUCUCUUUCCCCAGUGACUGUGCAGUGUACCAGGGAUGCUCAGUUUGUGGUGGUGGUGGCCAUGGAUGCCACUUGGCCCAAAAUAGACAUUGAUUCCAUCAGUCUGUUGGGGGGAAAUGACAGCCCCUGCAGUCCUGUUGGCAUCACUUCAGCCUUCGCCAUAUACAGUGAGGGAAAAAAGUAUUUGAUCCCCUGCUGAUUUUGUACGUUUGCCCACUGACAAAGACAUGAUCAGUCUAUAAUGUUAAUGGUAGGUUUAUUUGAACAGUGAGAGACAGAAUAACACCAAAAAAAUCCAGAAAAACACAUGUCAAACAUUUUAUGAAUUGAUUUGCAUUUUAAUGAGGGAAAUAAGUAUUUAACCCCUCUGCAAAACAUGACUUAGUACUUGGUGGCAAAACCCUCACAGAGGUCAGACGUUUCUUGUAGUUGGCCACCAGGUUUGCACACAUCUCAGGAGGGAUUUUGUCCCACUCCUCUUUGCAGAUCUUCUCCAAGUCAUUAAGGUUUCGAGGCUGACGUUUGUCAACUCGAACCUUCAGCUCCCUCCACAGAUUUGCUAUGGGAUUAAGGUCUGGAGACUGGCUAGGCCACUCCAGGACCUUAAUAAUGUGCUUCUUCUUGAGCCACUCCUUUGUUGCCUUGGCCGUGUGUUUUGGGUCAUUGUCAUGCUGGCAUACCCAUCCUCGACCCAUUUUCAAUGCCCUGGCUGAGGGAAAGAGGUUCUCACCCAAGAUUUGACGGUACAUGGCCCCGUCCAUCGUCCCUUCGAUGCGUUGAAGUUGUCCUGUCCCCUUAGCAGAAAAACACCCCCAAAGCAUAAUGUUUCCACCUCCAUGUUUGACGGUGGGGAUGGUGUUCUUGGGGUCAUAGGCAGCAUUCCUCCUCCUCCAAACACGACGAGUUGAGUUGAUGCCAAAGAGCUCGAUUUUGGUCUCAUCUGACCACAACACUUUCACCCAGUUCUCCUCUGAAUCAUUCAGAUGUUCAUUGGCAAACUUCAGACGGGCCUGCAUAUGUGCUUUCUUGAGCAGAGGGACCUUGCGGGCACUGCAGGAUUUCAGUCCUUCACGGCGUAGUGUGUUACCAAUUGUUUUCUUGGUGACUAUGGUCCCAGCUGCCUUGAGAUCAUUGACAAGAUCCUCCCGUGUAGUUCUGGGCUGAUUCCUCACCGUUCUCAUGAUCAUUGCAAUUCCACGAGGUGAGAUCUUGCAUGGAGCCCCAGGCCAAGGGAGAUUGACAGUUCUUUUGUGUUUCUUCCAUUUGCGAAUAAUCGCACCAACUGUUGUCACCUUCUCACCAAGCUGCUUGGCGAUGGUCUUGUAGCCCAUUCCAGCCUUGUGUAGGUCUACAAUCUUGUCCCUGACAUCCUUGAAGAGCGCUUUGGUCUUGGCCAUGGUGGAGAGUUUGGAAUCUGAUUGAUUGCUUCUGUUGACAGGUGUCUUUUAUACAGGUAACAAGCUGAGAUUAGGAGCACUCCCUUUAAGAGUGUGCUCCUAAUCUCAGCUCGUUACCUGUAUAAAAGACACCUGGGAGCCAGAAAUCUUUCUGAUUGAGAGGGGGUCAAAUACUUAUUUCCCUCAUUAAAAUGCAAAUCAAUUUAUAACAUUUUUGACAUGUGUUUUUCUGGAUUUUGUUGUUGUUACACUGUUCAAAUAAACCUACCAUUAAAAUUAUAGACUGAUCAUUUCUUUGUCAGUAGGCAAAAGUACAAAAUCAGCAGGGGAUCAAAUACUUUUUUCCCUCACUGUACCAGUUCCCUGUCACUGCCUGUGGCACCACUCUAAAGGAGAGUAGAGAUAAUAUACAUUUUGUACCCUGGCUCAGUAUUAACUGUGGACUUGUUAUGUGGUUUAUGAGAACAGGAUGGCCUCUUCCUAUAAAGUAGGGAUGGGACCUCAAGGCUCUAUCACCAGGGACAGUCAUUUUGAGUGAGUCUUUCCCCAGAGGGAAAUCAGAACAUCACAGACUUAUUAAAAAGAGCUGGUUUCCUGCACCCAGAUUUAACCCAUAAAGUAGCUAUUUUCUCCCUAUCUAGCCUGCUGUUCCAGUGUAAGUACUCUGCCACUGCAGUGGAGGCUCUGGUUAUUGAGGUGAAUACUGUUCCUGCACCCGCUCCUGUUGCUGCUCCAGGACCCCUCACAGUGGAACAUGCGACACCAAGGGAUGUAAAAACAACAAGAUACAUUUAAUUUCAGGCUUGUUCUGUGUCAAUUCGUAGUACUUCAAACACAUGUAAUGAAAUGGUUUUUUCAUUGGCUUUUACACACGUAAAAAAACAAAUCUGUCUGAAUUCCAGAGUCCAGAGCCUUCACAUUGUAUUACACUGAAGAAGACUACCCUCUCACUAAAGUCCUGAGGCAGCCUGUGUAUGUUGAGGUGCGCAUCCUGAGAGGAAGGAUUCCAACCUGGUUCUGA